CGCGAGGAUCCGACGAGCGCCAAUCCACCGACGCAUCAAGCACUUCGUCUACAGCGUUCUCGCUCUCGCCGUCGGCGGCGCGGUCGCCAACAUCACCUGUCUAGUGCUCGGGGCCGUGUGGGCUCGCAAUAUCGUCGCCGCCGAGAAAUGGUUCAUCUUCCACUACGUCUGCGCCGGCGUCCUCACAAUGAUGUGGCUCGGCUACUCGGUCGUCUUCGAGCGUCACAUCAAGUUCAUGGCCUUCCCUGAUCAGCUACAGAUCGACCUGGGCUGGAUGAUGUUUGCCGUCACCUUCGCUUCGGCGUGGCAUUUCUACCUCUUCCGCAAGAUGCUGCAGUACGGCGUCCUCGACAUGUUCAUCGUCACCUGCUCGUCUGGCUGCACGACAAAGCUCAACUUUGUCAAGCUGAGCCCCCUCGUCCUCGGCAUCUCGACCCUCGUCCUCGGCGCCCUCCAGCUCGUCCUCGGCCUCGCCUUGUACCGCAACCCGAUCAUCAAUCCUCCCCUCGACGCGCACGGCAUGCCCAUCCCGCAGGACCCCGAGACUGGCCGCCCGAUGCCGCUCGACGCCAAGGGCCAGCCCGUCCUCCCCGAGUGGCUCCUCCCUCGCGACCUCAAGACGGGCGAGAUCCUCCCGUGCGACGCAAGCGGCAAUCUGCUCCCGCCCUCGUCGACGAGCAAGGCGUCGGCGGCGAAACCGGCAACGUCGAGGCGCUCGGGCGAGCUGCGCGACGCGAGCGGGACGGACUCGGAGCGCAAGGGCGACAGCAGUGCGAGCGACGACAGCAGUGAGGACAUGUCGUUACUCGAGCGCAAGGCGACGAUGCAGGAGCUCGGGAGCAGCGCUCGCGGGAGCGGCAGGCGCUUGAGGAGGGGCGAGCGUCGCUGA